AUGGAAUUAAGACAUAGCAGAGAGAAAUCGAGAGAGAUGGCAAAGUUAGGGCAAAAAAGAGUGACAACUUCUCGGCCCAAGACUCAGCAGCAAGCACCCGAUCUGACUGAUUUUAUGAACGAUAUGUUCUUUGGAGCCGUAAAUAAGGACAAAAAAGCCUAUAAUUUGACUGGAAAUGAAGAAAAUGACGAUGAUGAUGAUGAAGAAUGGUUUGAUCGGAGUAAUAGAAGUAGAAACGAGCAAUUGACGGAGGAGUGGCUGGAUGAGGCACGUCGGUUGGUGGCUUCUUCACCUUCGCGAUGUAAUUCGCCGGCUCGGCUUGUAGGAUCGCCGAGGUUUGCGGCGGCAAAUGGCAGAUCUCCGGCGUCGAUUAUAGAUCGGAGAGAUCCACUGUCAAGGUCCGCUAGAAGGCACAGGGCAGUGGACAACUUCAGUGGUGAGAUACUCUCCAAAGUCGUCCGUCACAGCCGCAACAAAUCGGAAUCUUUCUCAACCUCCUCCGCCGCCGAGGAGGACCUCAUCAAUCCUGCUUCUGCCGUUCAAAAAUGGAUAUCCAACAUCCUCAAACCACCCUCCAAUCCCGCCAUUUCCAUCCCCGAUCCUCCUCCUUCCACUCCUCGCAAAUCUCGAUUCCACACCCAUCUUCCACCUUCUCGCCUCCCAAAUACUCCCUCAGAUGCCCUUCUUUCUCCGCCUAAAAUCCUAACUGAUCCCCCGCCUCGACGAACGGUUUCUUCCCCGGCCUUUUCGAUUCAGACAGUUAGGUCCAAAUCCAAUCUAAAUGGGUUUUCGCGGGACGAUUCUGGAGAUUUGGAAUUUGGUCUUAAUGGGUUCCUCAAAGAACAGCGGAACAAGAUUAAAAAAAUCUCAAAUGGGGAGCUUGAUGCCGAAGUUAAAAUCAUUCUUUCUGGGCCUACAAAUAGCACUAGUUCAAUGGUGGCAGCAAUUUGCUAUGCUUGGCUACUUGAAAACAAAUUAAGGCAGACUAAUGUCGAGACCGGUCAAGAAUGUGUUGUGGUGCCUGUGAUGAAUAUGCAGAGGGGGAAAAUGUGGAACCAACGUCAGGUUGCUUGGCUCUUUUAUCAUCUUGGACUUGAUGCUUCCUCAAUCCUUUUUACCGAUGAGGUGGACUUGGAAAGUCUGAUGAUUACUGGUCAAACUAGCAUUCUUGUGGUAGGGCAAGAUGUCCUUAAGAUGAAUGAUGGGGUUGGCUCUCAGUGCACCAUUCUUACAGAUAACUAUUGUGAAGAUGCCUAUCAUUUACUCCAAACCCCAUUGUUGAAGAAUCUUUUGCUUGCAGGAAUCCUCUUGGACACGAAAAAUCUCGAUACAUCAUCUCAAUCAUCCAUGACAAGAGAUGCAGAGGCAGUUCAGUUGCUAUCGGUUGGCUCAGCCCCAAUUUCUAAGAAUGGACUUUAUGAUCAAUUGAUGCGCGUUCAAAAGGAAAGUUCAUUUUUGGAUGCGUUAAUACAAAAUUAUGGAAAGCCUCCCAGUGAUGGUAGCAACGACGGCGAGGGGCGUUCAGAGCAUAUCAAGGAGAGGAAUCAACCUUCCAGCCCACCCCAUGGCGAAGCAAUUAAUCAACAAAAGAAAUCUAGUGAUAUUGGAACUGCCAAAACUUCCAAGGUUUCGCCAAAAUCCGCUAAACCCAGUUCGUUACCUAUUCAAACACCAACUAGAGAAGCAUCCAACCCUUCUCGUGGAAAGAGUAAAAACUUCUUGGCAAAAUGGUUUGGUUUUGGAUCAAAAUGAGAUACAUCGGCUCGGUUUGUUCGAAUUUUAGCUGUUCAGAGAUGCGUAUCUUCAUAUAAGUAUAUGGGUUCAAGUUUUUUCCUUGAGCAAUUUAUCGGUUUGCUAUGAUCCGAGUUUUUGUCCCACGUUUUCACAAAAUAUAUGUUGUUUUUGCCCUUACAAUGUAUUAGGAAAUGUAGUAACAGUAGAGGCUUUUGAUGAUGAUUCUUCUGAAUUGUAGAUUCGCAAACAUUCAUUUACGUUGGUAUUUGUUUUCAACAGAUGCUGGAUGUUCAGAUUUUU